AUGUUCGAGUUCCGCGCGGCAGAUUUGGCUGUCGACGCCAGAGCCGUAUUCGCCUCCAAGGCCGGGACUAUUGCGACCGCUUUCGAGUACACCGACGUGCAGGCGACCACCCCCACCGGCGCUUCUCACCAUCACGACCGGAGAUCCAGCACUUCCUACCAUCCCGGUCGUUUGAGCUCCUCCCCUACUAGGAAGAAGAUGGCCACCGGGUAUGCGGUUAGCCCGGAACCGCCCGCGCUAUUCGUGCGGGCUAUGUACGAUUACGAUGCCGACGACCACACCAGCUUGAGCUUUCGCCGCGGGGAUAUCAUCCAGGUCCUCAACCAGCUAGAUACUGGGUGGUGGGACGGAGUUAUUGAUAAUGUCCGCGGUUGGUUCCCGAGUAACUACUGCACGAUCAUUACGGAGGCGGACGAUUUUGCUGAGCUUAUGACGCACGCUCACGAUGACACGGACGUCAGCGCGGACUCUGGCCUCGAUGAUGACUACGGCAAUGGACACGAAGAAGAAGAAGAGCUGGACUCGGAAGGCAACUCCCACGACUCGCAGCCCAUUCUGCCCAUCGAGGCUAUGCCCGCACCCAAGGAGCAGGAAGAAGCGGCGUUUUGGAUUCCUCAGGCUACUCCGGAUGGCCGUCUGUUCUACUUCAAUACACUCACAGGAUACUCGACAAUGGAGCUACCCUUCGAGAAUCCCACGGCGGCGAACGAGAUUGGCCCUCGCGACCGGACGAACUUCUUCGUCCCUGAUCAGACUCGGCCGCCUCCGGAGAUGAUGGCACGCGGAUUUGAGCGGGACGAGGAUGACUACGAUGGUUCGGCGUCAGAAGCGGAAGGAGAAUCCCUGAUGUUAGGUUCGCACGACUCGAUGUCUCGCAGGCGUCAGUCCUUGAUGGAUGGUGUGUCGCCUGCGACCUCGAUGGAUUCUCUGUACCCCCCUGGCCCCAAGGAUCCGAAGGCACAAUCAUUGAUGCAAAGCCAGGCAACCUACGGCAGCGGAGCAGCGACGAGUGCCAACACAUCCAUUACCGAAAGCUUUUCCCGACCCUCUAUCUCCUCCAAUACUCCCCAAUUCUUCGUGGACGAUGGCUUCGCACCACCCGUGUCUUGGCCUCUCCUUGUCGAUAAGAUGCGCUAUGCCGUGGAGGCCUACCGCCAAGCUCUCUUAUCCCAAGAUCGGUCCGAGUAUGUGAGAAAGGCGGAAGAUAUUUCCGACCAUCUGCGCAUGCUCCUGGCUGCUGGGUCGGAUACGACGGAUAACCACUCGGGGAACCCAUCUAUCAUCUCCACCAACAAGGCUCUGUACCCUUACUUCCGGGAUAUGAUGUCUAAAUUCUCCAAGCUGGUUCUUUCGUCGCAUAUCGCGGCUGCUGAUUGGCCGGGUUCCGACUCGGUCAAUAAAUGUCUGCAGGAGGCCGAUGGCGUGAUGCAAGGAGUAUACGGCUAUGUGGACGUCGCCCGACAGCAGCGCGGGGACAACAUUAACCGUAUUGUUCCUGGUUUCGUCAGCGGCAGCUCGUGUGGUGGCAGCUGGCAGAACAACGGUGUUUCGCUCGAUGCAUCCGGCCCGACGUCAUUCCUCGUUCCUGAGGGUGGUGAUUCGCGUACCGAGCCCUCGGUCUGUCUUGAUACGGCUCUAUUGGACCACAUUGACGUUCUUAGGAGGUCAUUCGUAGGUAGUGUUCGUCGCCUGGAAGAGCGAUUGUCACUCAAUCAGAAAAUCGUUACUGUCACAGAACAUGGCGAGAUCUCGGAUGCUGUUUCGGCUGCUGCAAUCAAGGUCGUUGAGCAAUAUCGCCCCUGGAUUUCUACCAUCGAGUCGAUCAACCUGGUCCCUCUUGGAACAAGCUUUCAGAAUCCACAAUUGGUUGAUUUCAGCCUGCAAAAGCAGCGGGUUUAUGAUGGCAUUGGCGAUUUCAUCCUGAGUUGCCAGGCAGUCUCUGCUCCUCUGGCUGACGAGUGGGCGGAAUUGCGCGGCGAUUCCCUUGAUGACCGGAUCACUGCCGUUCGCAGCGUGGCUAAACAGCUGGAGAAUUAUGUUUCCCAGAUUGGCUUCUCGCUAUCCCUCCUUCUCGAACAGAUCCCAGAGGAGCAAUCCGCUGCUCUCCGAAGUGAAAGUCGCUUGGACGAGGAGGAUGAAUCGCUCAGCAAGGGUGCCCAUACGCGCAGUGAAUCUCAAGCUAUGAUCGCCAAAGAGUCUAUUGGCAUUCCUUCUUCCUACGCCCUGGGCACUGACAAAGUGCGGCGUAAUAUGGACAAGGCCCAGCGAUUCUUUGGCCAGGCACCCCCUUCGACGGUUACUCGUGAGCCACCUAUUAGAGAGCCUGUAAGAGAGCCUGAAGAGACUCCCUGGUUCCUGAAGAUGGACCAUGAGGGCGAGGUGUUCUAUGAUACCAAGGGAGAUGCGCCAAUUUUGAAGUGCGGAACGCUGGCUGGCUUGGUUGAACACCUUACACGCCAUGACAAGCUCGAUGCCUCCUUCAACAACACUUUCCUCCUCACCUACCGCUCCUUUACCUCAGCAUCCGAACUCUUCGAGAUGCUCGUGCAGCGUUUCAACAUCCAACCUCCUUUUGGCUUGAACUCGGAUGACAUGCAAAUGUGGAUUGAUCGGAAGCAAAAGCCAAUUCGCUUCCGCGUGGUCAACAUUCUGAAGAGCUGGUUCGACCACUUCUGGAUGGAGUCCAACGACGAAGUCAACAUGGACCUCUUGCGACGUGUGCAUGCGUUCACCAAGGAUUCCAUCGCUACCACCAAGACGCCGGGCUCUCCUACCCUGCUUGCUGUCAUUGAACAGCGACUUCGGGGCCAGGACAUUUCCGUCAAGCGUCUUGUCCCAACCCAGAACACUGCUCUACCACCGCCGAUUAUCCCAAAGAACAUGAAGAAGCUGAAGUUCCUAGAUAUCGAUCCUACGGAGUUUGCGCGGCAAUUGACUAUCAUUGAGUCGCGCCUCUACUCCAAGAUUCGGCCUACUGAGUGCUUGAAUAAGACCUGGCAGAAGAAGGUCGGCCCUGAUGAGCCGGAGCCAGCUUCUAAUGUUAAGGCUCUUAUCCUGCACUCAAAUCAGCUGACUAACUGGGUUGCGGAAAUGAUCUUGACGCAAGGUGACGUUAAAAAGCGUGUGGUGGUGAUCAAGCACUUUGUCAAUGUUGCCGAUAAAUGCCGCUCUCUCAACAAUUACUCCACCCUGACCUCCAUCAUCUCGGCCCUUGGCACCGCCCCGAUCCAUCGUCUGGGUCGGACGUGGGGUCAGGUUAGUGGCCGCACCUCUGCUGUUUUGGAGCAGAUGCGCCGGCUCAUGGCGAGCACGAAGAACUUUGGCGAAUACCGUGAGACUUUGCAUCUUGCCAACCCUCCUUGUAUUCCAUUCUUUGGUGUCUAUCUUACGGACCUUACCUUCAUUGAGGACGGUAUACCAUCACUUACCCCAUCGGAACUGAUCAACUUCAACAAGCGCGCCAAAACUGCAGAGGUCAUCCGGGAUAUCCAACAGUACCAGAACGUUCCGUAUCUCCUUCAACCUGUUCCCGAGCUCCAGGACUACAUCCUUAGCAACCUGCAGGCCGCGGGUGAUGUGCACGACAUGUACGACCGAAGUCUCGAGAUCGAACCUAGAGAGCGCGAAGACGAGAAGAUUGCAAGGUAUGCUGAACAUGCAAGCAGAGACAAGAAUUCCUCUGCUUUUCGCAAGCACCGUCGCGAUUCUGCGAUAAUCUCUUCCCUCUAG